AUGGAGGCUCCUGAUUGGUGGAUGAUGGAGGCUCCUGAUUGGUGGAUGAUGAUGGCUCCUGAUUGGUGGAUGAUGGAGGCUCCUGAUUGGUGGAUGAUGGAGGCUCCUGAUUGGUGGAUGAUGGAGGCUCCUGAUUGGUGGAUGAUGGAGGCUCCUGAUUGGUGGAUGAUGGAGGCUCCUGAUUGGUGGAUGAUGGAGGCUCCUGAUUGGUGGAUGAUGGAGGCUCCUGAUUGGUGGAUGAUGGAGGCUCCUGAUUGGUGGAUGAUGAUGGCUCCUGAUUGGUGGAUGAUGGAGGCUCCUGAUUGGUGGAUGAUGGAGGCUCCUGAUUGGUGGAUGAUGGAGGCUCCUGAUUGGUGGAUGAUGGAGGCUCCUGAUUGGUGGAUGAUGGAGGCUUAUCAUCAUCAGUCUUUAUCUUGA